AUGAGCAUGGCAGCCAUCAAGCAGACUGAAGACUCCCACAAGAGGCAGCCAUUGGAUUCCGACGACGAUCCGACUUCAUCUUCGGGAUCUUCAUCCUCAGAAAGCGAAACCGAAAGCGAAGAGGAGGAGGAGGAUAGCGAAGACGAACGAGCAGAUGCAGAGAUGGGUGAUGGCCAGGAACGUACAUCCGCGUCUGCGGCGUCAAUACCCCAUCUCGCUGGUCGUCCCAAGCCGAAUAUACACCGUGUGCAGGGGGGUUCAGAUCUCUUAUCACGGCUAUCGGCUUUUUUGCCAAAGAUGAAGGAUGCGAAUGAGGACCUGGAGAAAGAGAUUGCCGCAGGGAGGGGGCAGGAAAUGGUCUUGGAUUCUGUGGAUGAAGAUGGCAAGGAUUAUAUUGAAAUGAAUCUCGGCCUGGGCGUCCUGGAAGAGAAACGCAGUGAUGAUCAGGACAUGUCAAGUGGCGAGGAAAGCGACGAUGAGAGACCCACUGCAGACUCGGAUCAGCUCGACGCAGAUGGAGACUCAGAUCUACUCGGCCAACUCAUGGGUGGAAUCACCUCGUCGAAAAUCAAGCCGUCUAUUGAGGAGAUGGCGGAGUGA